CGUGUUCUGACUUGCUAUUACUCUAGUGUUAUUAUUCGGAUCGAGAGCACGUUAGUUUCAGUAUGCUAGACGGAGCUAGUGGUACAGUGAAAACAGUAAAUAUGGUCGAAAUAAAACCUAAACCGAAGUGUUGCCGGAAUUUAUUUGGUUCUCCGAGUGUAAUGGAGAGGGAAUACAUGACCAAAAUUUAUAAAGAAUGUUUAAAUGAGGACUUAAAAGUAGCAAAAGAAAAGUACGAUUUUGACAUUUGUAAGGACACUCCACUAUCAGAUAGGUGGGAACUUACAACUACGGCCCCUGAAUUUUACACAAGGAUAUACACAUCAAAACAGGAGCGACUUCAUCCACUGAAGAGGAAAAUGGAAUUGGAAAAUGAUACAGAGAAAAGUGAAACGGAAUCAACGUGCAAUAACACACCCCCUGUUCUGAAACAGACAAAGAUGCCAAAUUUUAUGAAAAAGAGAAAGAGGGCCGAUCUAUCCCCAUCAGCGACAGUGACCAAACAACUGCGGCUGUAGCCCCUUAAUGUAAAGGGCUUCUAAAUGAUUAUAGUGCUAGAAACAGGGAUCUACAAUGGAGGGCCCGAUCUUCAAAAUAAAGCAGUGAGCAUUCCAUGCAGGACUAUUUUGCCAAAGAGCGCCCUAUUCUUGCCAAAAUUCCCGAGACCUACGCUAAUUACAGUUUAUUUGGACUUAAUGUGUAUGGGAUGAAAAAAGAAAUCCUGCAAAGCUUUCUUGCAGUUACCAUUGUGAGCCCUGUUUCCUUUUCGAUAUUAAAAGCGAAACAUGCCCCUUUUGCACAAUUUGUGACUUCGCCUGUGUAAAUGUGUACACGGCUUCAUAUUGAGGACUUGUGGACAGUGCAAGGGCAGACUUUAUAUAUAAAUGUGCAAUUGACAACCGGACAAUGACAGUGUCAUUGCUAGCAGUAUGAUCUCAUCAAUUAUUUAUAUAAUUUUUUAUUAUUUGUCAAUUCUUAUAAAGAAAACAAAUCCCUAUUUGUAAUUGUGCUAUUUAUUUGUAAAAAGAUAAUUAACAGAACUACAUCUUUGAGAGAAAAAAAAGUUUCACGAAAAAGUGGAACAUAUCUUCAUAGAUAUAUAUUAUUUAUAAAUAUAUAUUCAGAUAUUUUAAUACAGAACAUUUGACACGUUUCUGCCAUAUUUAUUAUUGUUUUGUGGUAUGAAAUACCAGAGGAUGGAAAAUAUUGAAAGAGAAAAAAAAAUGAAAAGACUGAAAGAAAAAAAAAGUUUCUCUCAACCUUAGACUUUCUGUACAUCGCACAAAUUUGUCAAGAAAAUCCAUAAAGAAAAAAUGAUCUCAAAUUUCUCUUGUUUUUGAUAACUCUUUUUACGACUUAACAUCCAAAGUGUUCAUUUUUGUGUAUGUGUGAAGAUAUUUGGUGUUCGCUGUUUGAAUGUUAUGUAGUAAACGUUUGUAUGCUUUCAUCAUAUUUGGUGUUCCUCAAAACAAAAGUCAGAAAAGUUGUUGAGAAACUUAUUGUUGUAAAAAAUAAAAGAUAUAAAGAACAUAAAA